AUGAGUUCACUGACUGGCCAAAAUCACAUUCUGUAUUCUUUAUUCUCUUCAUAUUCUAUCGAUAAAACACUUUUCUGCAUUUUUUCAGAUCAGCCAAAAAUCAAAUCAAUACGUAUUGAUCGUGUAAAACCAGAUGAAGGUGUUUUAGAACCAAUCGAUAUGCCAAAAGAUUCAUAUGAUGCUACACAAGAUUAUGAGCUUGGCUGUAAACCGGAAGUGACUUCAGGUGAAGCUGUAGCUACAUGGUUAAAGUGUGCAGAUGAUGAAUGUACUUCAGCUAAAGAAAUUGUACUAACUGGAGAUAGAUUAUUUUUCUUCGCCAAUUCAACAAGAUAUAUAGAUGAAGGACGAUUCCGUUGUCAAGUUACUUUACAACUCAAAGAAUACAACUUCAAGCUUACUGAACAUCAAGAUGUUAUAAUAAAGCGCCAAGCUGCUCCAGCAAUUUACAGUAGUGGAUCAAUCACGUAUACAACUAAUGAUGAAAUGUCAUUACAAUGCACUGAUGAAUCUUCUUCACCUGAAUCCAGAGUGGAAUGGAUCUUUGAACCAUCUGGUAAACCUCCUCCAGACAGAAGAUUACCAAAACUAAUAGGAAACACUUAUGCAUAUGGACGAAUUUAUAUAUUUGCAAUUGCAAGAGGUCAACUUAUCCCUGAACAUUCUGGAAAAUACACAUGUAUAGCUACUAAUCCAUUUGGAACAGCCAACAGUUCAAUUACAGUCACAGUAACUGAGGAUAUUUCUCGUGGGAAACUUCGAUUUGUUCGAAGAAUUAUCCGUCGUGCACAUACUGCAUAA